AUGGCAACCCUAUUCUUAAAUCUCGUCUCUCUAUAUAAUAUCCUCAAAACAAUCUUAUUCCAUUUGAUUCCCUCAAAAUAUAAACUUUACUUCCCCUGUUCUUGGUACAGCAAACUCCAAACAACAACAUCCAUUCAGCUGUCUCCGCCGCAGAAUACCCAACAGCCAGAUUCCCACGGGCUCCGCCGCUCCUUCCUGAUGUUCGAUCACGACGGCGAUGGCCUGAUCACCAAGGAUGAACUCAAAGAAUCGUUAGAAAAUCUGGGUAUUUUCAUCUCUGCUUCUGAUCUGAAACGAGUGAUCGAGGAUGUUGAUUCCGACGGAGAUGGUUGUAUCGGUUUUACAGAAUUCACGGAGCUUUAUGGAUCCAUCGUAGGAGAUUAUCAUGAUGGGGGAGAGGAAACCGACCUUGUUCGUGAGGCAUUUGAUGUAUUCGAUUUAAACGGCGAUGGGUUCAUCAGUGUGGAUGAACUCUGGUCGGUGAUGGGUUCAUUGGGAAUUAAACAGGGUCGCGCCGCUGAAGACUGCCGGACUAUGAUUAGUAAGGUGGACGGUGACGGCGACGGUAGGGUUAGUUUCUAUGAGUUUAAGCAGAUGCUUAAAGUCGGCGGAUUUUCUGCUUUGAAUUAA